AAUCAAGCGCCGUUAUCGGCCUAUUUGAAAUUCUGGUCGGUGGCGUAACCAAUCUCUUCAACACGACGCACAAGUUUUCUACUACGCGAACGCUUUCUCAACUCAAAUACUUGAUAAUUGUGUUUUUUGACUACUUCAAGGCUUGAAGACUUCUAAGAUGUUGGCCUGUCAUCCUGCAAAAAAAUUAUCAUUUAACCGAUCAAUUAGUGAUGGCGAUUUGGUUAUUGUUUAUGAAAAGCAUGAAAGCAUGAAGGCUGUUACUGUGUGUGAGGGUUCAGUCCUGCAGAAUCGUUUUGGUGUUUUUAAACAUUCGGAUUGGAUAGGAAAACAGUUUGGAUCUAAAGUAUUCAGUAGUAAGGGUGGUUUUGUGUACUUGUUAGCCCCCACACCAGAAUUGUGGACUCUGGUAUUAAACCACAGGACUCAGAUUCUCUAUAUUGCGGAUAUUAGUUUUGUUAUCACAUACUUGGAGGUUCUUCCUGGUUGUGUGGUUCUUGAAUCUGGAACUGGUAGCGGAUCUUUGACUACUUCACUUGCAAGAGCUGUUGCUCCUUCAGGACACGUCAAUACCUUUGAUUUCCAUGAACAAAGGGCUGAAUCAGCUAGGGCUGAUUUUGAGAGAACAGGUCUAAGCAGCUUAGUCACGGUGAAGGUUAGGGACAUUCAGGGUGAAGGAUUCCCUGAUGAUUUUACAGGCAUGGCUGACUCUGUAUUUUUGGAUCUACCUCAACCUUGGCUCACCAUUCCUUCAGCUGCAAAAGUGUUGAGACAUGAUGGCACAUUGUGCUCUUUCUCUCCUUGUAUCGAGCAAGUACAACGAACAUGUGAAACACUACGGACCCGCUUCACAGACAUAAGAACAUUUGAAGUACUUUUACGCACGUAUGAAGUUCGGGAAGAGAGAAUGCAAAGCCUAAGCGAGGAUGGUGAUGGUUCUAAUGGUUCUGUUCAUAGGAAGAGGAGACAAUGCUCUGAUGGAAGCUAUGUACUCAGCGGCAGUCCUUCUAUUUCUUCUGUCAUGGCCAGACCUUGUGGUGAAGCUCGAGGUCACACAGGCUAUUUGACAUUUGCAAGAGUCAAAUGCGUCUCAUGAAGAGUGUUGUCAUGUUCAUCACAAUUUUGUAUCUCCUUUCGUAUAGAGCCUCAUGCCUAGAUUGUUUAAGGCCUACCUCUUUGCAGAUUAGUGAUCAUUAGUGACUAUUUUGUGCUUCAUUUUCUUUACAAAUAUUUAGAUGGAUCAAGUGUCUUAACAUGUUUACAUUGCUUCAGCAAAGUGGCAAAAAUACUUGUGUCACUAUUGAUUGAUUUGCUCAC